UUUACCGUUGCCUGUGGCGUCUCAAUUACUCUCUCUCUCUCUCUCUCCCUUUCUGGAGAGAACGCCCCAACAUCACCAUCUGAAUCUCCAUUGCAUCACCUCUUCAACUUUUAUACUCAUACAACACAGCUUUUUGAAGAUGAGGAGGUUUUAGCUACAAAACUCUUGUUUGCAGGGUGCCAAGAAAAAAGGUCAAGGCAUUGGAUUGGACAUCUUGGCCCUGCAAGCUUGAUUCUUUACUUGAAGGACCUUUUGGUUAUCAUUUUUUAAUUGUGGUGGGACAGACAUCAUGGGGAUCUCUCAUGACAACGUAAUUGGGCUUGUUUUGGCUCUGUCUUCCAGCAUUUUCAUUGGCUCUAGCUUUAUAAUUAAAAAGAUGGGUCUUAGAAAAGCUGCCAGUAAUGGGAAAAGAGCAGCCUCGGGAGGGCAUGCGUAUCUGUAUGAGCCAUUUUGGUGGGCUGGAAUGAUUUCAAUGAUUGUUGGGGAAAUAGCCAAUUUUGCGGCUUACGCAUUUGCUCCUGCGCUCCUUGUAACCCCUUUGGGAGCUUUAAGCAUCAUUUUCAGUGCGAUGCUAGCUCACUGUAUCUUGGAAGAGAAAUUGCACAUCUUUGGCGUACUUGGAUGUGCUCUAUGCAUGGUUGGAUCUACAACUAUUGUUUUGCAUGCACCACGUGAAAAAGACAUUCACUCUGUCAAAGAAGUGUGGCAACUUGCUACAGAACCAGGUUUUAUAGUCUACUCAUGCGCUGUUGUGAUACUAGUUUCCGUCCUUAUUUUCCGUUAUGCGCGAAGAUAUGGACAGAGCCACAUGAUCGUAUAUAUUGGAAUAUGUUCUCUCACUGGCUCAAUUACGGUUAUGAGUGUGAAAGCAGUGGGAAUAGCUUUGAAGCUUACAUUUGAAGGGAUGAAUCAAUUUAUUUACUUUGAGACCUGGUUCUUUACGAUGGUCGUGAUAGGAUGUUGCCUUUUGCAGAUUAACUACUUGAACAAGGCUCUGGACAUAUAUAACACUGCUGUCGUAUCACCAGUUUACUACGUCAUGUUUACAUCAUUUACCAUCAUCGCCAGCAUAAUCAUGUUUAAGGAAUGGGACACACAAAAUGCUUCGCAGAUUGCUACUGAGUUGUGUGGCUUUGUCACAAUAUUAUCUGGGACGUUUCUACUUCACAAAACUAAGGAUAUGGGAAAUAAACCCUCGGAAGCCCCUGUUUUUCCAAGUCCACAACAUCCUACUAAUACUCAAACACCUGGUAGCCAAGAAAUUUGAUUUGAAUCUUGACUUGACAUUUCAGUUCUCUUUUUACCUCCUGUUCCCUUCCAAGCUAAACAACAACUUUGUAAUUUCCAUUUAAAAAAAAAAGAAAAAGAAUGAUUAAAGUGAGAAACAUGAUGUAAAUGUGAAAGAUUAAUUAAGAAAGCAUAUGUGAUAACCUU